UCUCUUUUCACGUUCAUGUCAACCACCAAGCACACACACAGCUCAGUCAUACCUUCGUAUACACCGUCCCAAUUCCAUUUCUUCCAAAGUCACAACCAUUAAGUUUCUUUCCACCGUCGCUGCCAUUGCUGUCAGUGCCAUGAUGUGCAAUGGCGUUAUUGGCUCAUGUCCGUCAUUCCCGCCAUAGGAAUUCACUCCCUGUGGAUAGGUACCUACUCGCCCUCCUCCCCCAUCCUACCCCUGACCCCAAGGACUUCGCCCUCCAAACCUUCCUCGUUUUUCCACGCCCUCGCACCCUGCCCACUGUCUGGCGUGAUCGUCUCAAACAGUACCCUGCCGAACGCCAUCUUACUCUGAAGGAACUCACCACCAUAGCGUGGUACCUCGGCGCGCCUGGUAAACAAGGAACAUCGACACCGUGCGGAAUAGAAGGAUGUCCGGUCUGUAUCCUCGUUAAUAUUGACCUUCAUAAAUCGGGAAGGGAUGGCGCGCAUGGAAAAAGGAGACCAAGGCCGCGAAGAAGUCACUUGGAUGUUGGAAUCCGGGAUGGUUGAAUACAACACCGAGAUGAGGCGCUUGCUGUCCUUGAGGAACAGCGCAUGUCUCGGAUGCAUCCGAGGGACUUUGUGACGAAUCUUUCUUGUCCUGGCUGGCACGAGUAUACUGCAUCAGGGCUGUUCCG